UAGAACUUAAGACGGGCAGAAAUAAGCAAAUAACAACGAAAAUAUAAAAUUUUUUUGUUUAUGAUUGUCUAGGUCAUAGUAAUACUUUGGUUUUAGAUUCUACACUUAAAAAAUUGAUAAAUGUCAGCAAUUUAUCGUGCAGUAAUCACUGCUACAGAGAAACAUGUGCCAGCGAAAUUACAACCGUUGUGGUCCCAUCCUGCUGGACCUAAAACUAUAUUUUUCUGGGCUCCUGCAUUUAAAUGGUGUCUUGUAAUUGCUGGCAUUGGUGAUAUGGCUAGACCAGCUGAUAAAUUAAGUGCAUCUCAAUCUACUGCCUUAGCUGCAACUGGUAUCAUUUGGUCAAGAUACUCCAUGGUAAUAAUUCCUAAGAACUACAGUUUAUUUAGUGUAAAUAUCUUUGUAGCUUUAACUGGUUUAUUCCAACUGAGCCGUAUAUACAGGCACAAACAAUCUUUGAAACAACCAGCAGCAUAAAACCCUAUUGUGUUCAUUAUUCUUUAACAGUUAUUUAUUUGUUAAUCAAAUAUUUAGAUUCUUAAGUUUUUGAAUGAUACAUGUUAUUAGUGAUAGCUUUUAAAUUUGUUACAAUUUUGUAGC